AUGUGGGCUCGUCCCAGCCCCAAAAAGUGCAACUUGCAGAGUAGCCGCGAGGGAGGCGGCAAAGAGGCCUACUGUAGCCUCUCGAGCACAGCCAAGAGACGCAGGUUCACGGCGAUCAAGCUUCUUCUGGGCGGCCCAAGCGACGAGCAGCCCAGCUGCAUGGCAGACCUAAAGCAGACUUGCAGAGGGCGGGGAAGCGCUCUUUCAAACCGCGAGGCUCAGGACUCAGCAUUUGCCCCACAACAGACGCCUCUCCUCUUUGGCCCAGCUCAAAUCAUGCCUUUCGGUGCCUUUGGCUGCUUGCUCGGGGCGGGGAAGACGUCCCCGGCUAGUGUCGCUGGCGCAGUGCGCACGAUCCCUCAGCGCCAGCUGUACGUCAGCGAGCCAAAUCCGGUCUACUUCGGGAACCGUCCAAACCCACAGCUUGGUGAGCCAGGCUGGACCAAUCGGAACUGGCUGAAAUCUCGAUUCCAUUUCAACUUUGCCGAAUACGAUGGAGGGUCAGACAACUUCGGCGUCCUCCGUGUCAUGAAUGACGACCUUGUGCAGCCCAAGCGAGGCUUUGGAAUGCACCCGCAUCGUGAUAUGGAGAUCAUGACAUUCAUAUUUCAGGGCCAGCUAACCCAUCGAGACUCCAUGGGCACAGAGGAAACGCUCGGUCGCGGCGGGGUCCAAUACAUGACCGCCGGCACGGGCAUCCAGCACUCGGAACACAACCUGCAGAGCGAAGCCUUGCGCUUCGUGCAAUGCUGGGUGGUGCCUCGCAGGCGGGGGCUACGCCCGAAGUAUGGCUCCAUGGCCGGCACCAAGGAGAACGAGGCCUUGCGCCAGAACCAGUGGGCCCACAUUGUGUGUGACGCCGAGGGAGGCCAGAAGGCACCAGUGCGAAUCUACCAAGACUGCAACGUGUUUCUCUCCGAACUCAGUCCAGGAGUGUCUCUCCCGAAGAUGGAUCUGCAAGCAGGUCGACAGGCUUACUUGCUGUGUGUCGAAGGCAGCGUGCAGCUGGCAGAUGCUGACGGCAAAGUCCAACGGCUCCAACAGCACGACGCCGCGGAGCUUAUCGGGCCCUUGUGCCUUCAGACAAAGGCUGAGAAAGGGGCCAUGUUACUUCUUUUCGAGAUGGAGCAGACGCAAGGUUUGGCCAUCCUGCCACUGGGCAAGGACUGGACGCUCCCCUCCAUGCCUCUGGCAGUAGCAGUUGCUGCCAGCGCGACUGGCAUAUUGGUGUUCCAGCUGCGCCUGACGCAGCUCACGUCUCCGUUGACAGUUUCCGUGCUUUCUGUCUUCCACGACGUUGCGAUCGUGCUCUUCUUCUUAAUUGCGGAUGGCGAGAGGCGAGUUGUGAGCGAGAAGAAGAUUUUCGACCGGCGCCAGGUGCUGCUCUCUGGGCUCUGCGGCCUCUCAGCCGCUCUGGGCUUGGGGCACCGCGCACGUGCGGCCUCCGCAUCGCGCGGCGUCGCGAGCAGCGAGGUGGUGCUCUGUGAGAAUGGGGAUCUGUCCGUGGAUUUUCCGAUUUGGAGCGGAGAUGGGACGCGCGAAGCCACGGAGGAGCUCCUGAAAGCAAGCGGAGGCAGUGCAGCUGCCGGCGCCGAGUCGGACUGGGCUGGUCUCUGGCGUGUCACCUAUGCCCCGCACCUCCGCACACUUGGCUCUCUGGCUCUCACCCAGCUGGACGUCUAUUAUGACAUUGCUCCCCCGACGGCGGAUGCCUCCCCCAGAAUCAGGUCCUUUGCUCGCUUCGAGGGUCCUCUUGGCCGCGGUUGGCUGAAUGCAGCUGGGACCCUGGCGACUCUUUCCAGCGAUGAGGUGGAGGUCAACUUUUCAGACUUCUGGAUCGAUUUCAACUCGCCGCUUCCGCGACCCGAGCCCGAAGCAGGCGACCGAGUGGGGAGCGACCUCGCCAGGGUGUUCUUCCUGCGCGACCUGAGUCGCUUUCCUGUGAGGAGUCUGAAUCUUCAGACCGGCCUCACUGUCUUCCGCUUCCCUCCCCUCGGCGUCUCCGCCGCAGGGGCGGUCUUGUACAGCUGUGCCAAGAUGCGCUACUCGAACCUCGCCGAGGAGAGCAACUCCGACGAGAUCGAUUCCCAGGUGGAGCAAAGUUUCAGCAUGACGCCGCUGGCGGUGAGGCUCCACUAA